AAAGAACAAAGUUGAAUUUUCUGAUUGUACUCGGCAUUAAAGAUUGUUCGACUUAAAAAAAAAAAAACCAAUCCAAUAGAGCAGCAAAAAAUGAGUACAGUCGCAAGCAACGAUCAGCACGUGGACACCGGCGUAUUGCCGGUGCCCAGCACGAACAGCCCUAGCUCCCAGAUCGAGCAGAAGGGCAAUGAAGCAAUCGUGCCCAACUACAAGGCUGCUACUGCCGGCGAGCAGGGCGAGGCACAGGCUGGAGCUACCUGCACUACAGUCGCUGUUCGUCCGUCAGGUGUUGCCACCUCUGCCGACAUAGUGAAAGGGUCAUCAUCUGUGAGCAGCCACGUGCAGCCGUCAUGGCGGAGCUCCUUCGCCAGGUCCCAGGACAAGAAGUGCGGCAUUUGCUUCGAGACGAUCAUGGAGAAGGAGGGAGGAGAUAAGCGUUUCGGCAUCCUGCCCAGCUGCAACCACGUGUUCUGCUUCCAGUGCAUUUGCACAUGGCGUCAUGCCACACAGUAUGCCUAUCAAGUGACGCGAGCUUGCCCCGAAUGUCGCGUGUGGUCUAACUUUGUAUGUCCCAGUGCAUUUUGGGUGGAGGAAAAGGUGGCGAAGGACCAGCUCAUCAAUGAUCACCUCGCCGCUAUGCGUGCAAGGGACUGCAAGUACUUUAAACAAGGACAAGGCGUGUGCCUCUUUGGCAACAAGUGUUUUUACAAGCACUCUAUACCCAACGCAGAUUACGUCGAUGUGGGAUUGCCGACCCAUGCUCUAGGGCUACCGAUUCCAUCAGAUUUUUCGGGACUUGGCAAUUGUCUUAUUUUGGUUCCUUUCCCGAAUAUGUUUUUUGAUGAUUUCAGCAAUUCCGACGACUACGAUUUCUCGGACGUAAACUAGUCUGACGAAACGGGAGGAGAUGAGAAAAAAACCAAGUUAAUAAUCCACGAAAUGAAGCGAUGUAUUGUAUGUAGCUGCCAAAUUUUGCUUACAGAACAAUCAUUCACCACUUAAUUCCAAGAAAUUUGGGACACUUUUUGCAUGCAUUAAAUUUUGACUUGCAUUAAAUUUCAUUCACAAGUGGCUUAUCCUUAAACUGAACUGAACUGAAUAUGAGUAUCAAUAGCUUUAAAUGCGCUAAGCAGUGAAAAUUACAUUUUGAAAAUAGGUGCUGGUCUGGAAUUUACAACUGAUAACCUGCAAGCCUGCAGGCAUUUAAUAUCAAAAAAUCAAUGUAUUAACCUAGCAGUAACUUAUCCCUUUUGGAGAAUUUUCCUUUUCAAAAUGAAUCUCUAUGAAAUGUAUUUUUAUACAAUUAAAUAAAGGGGACUAAAAUG